GGGAAAGUUUCCUUCCGUCACCAACAUUUUUAAGGUGGCUUAUGGUGACCUGGAUUUGGACAUGGUGCCGACCCUGGAGGCAGGAAUGGAACUGCUUUUUGAAGAAAUGUCGUCAUUUUAUGGCAACUUGAAGAAUCCAUCCAUGAAUGCAGAGAUGAAUGACAAAUCAAUUCAGCAGGAAAUUGACAAUUGUUUCCUGAAGAUACCGCAAUACCGAGGUCAACAAUCGGACAAAGAUCUUCCUCCAAAAGCAAUUAUGACACCAUCUUCAUCAACUUUUGGUUCUGCUCAUUCUCCACGAAAAGCUGUCCCCGUCGGCAAAGCAGAAGAAAAGUCGAUCGUCGUCCCUGCCUUUAAACUGGAAACGUCAUCAUCAUCUGAACAAACACAUCGUCCAAGAAGUGGAUCCUAUUUUGUCCAGCAAAUUAGACAACUAUUGAACAAUAAUGAUGCUCCUGUCCCCCUGGAUAACCAGUUUCUCCGCUUCCUCACAAAUCCGGAAAAUUACUCUCCGACCAACCAAAUGAAAUUCCGGAAGUCGUUCCUCAAACUCCGGUCGACUGUACGGAAACGCUGCUGAGGGUGGAUUUUACGGCGGAGGAGUACAUCGACCAGACCACGGCGUCCAAUUAUUAUGCUCAAGGGGUCAAAAUUGUCGAUGGGGUGAGAAGGGUCGUCUUAUUCCAUGAGAAGAUAAAUUUUUUCGGCAUUAAUAAGGACCAUGUUUAAAUUAAUGUGGAGUUAUCUAUAUAAAUGUGAUGGUCAACUUAUCAUUAUACGUACCAAUUAAUUAUUGAUGA